AUGAAAGGAAAAACACGAUUCCAAGUAUGGUGGCCUGGACUGGACAAAGAUUUAGAGGAACAUGUAAAACACUGCACCGCAUGUCAAGAAAACAGAAACAGAGAUGUUGAGAUGCCACUUUUCUCAUGGACUCUUCCAACAGAAGUGUGGUCUAGAAUCCACAUAGAUUUCGCAGGACCAUUUUUAGGGAAAAUGUGGUUAGUCGUUGUAGAUGCUAGAUCGAAAUGGCUCGAAGUAAUACCCAUGUCAACAACCACAACAAAAUCCACGAUCAAUAUAUUACAAGAUCUAUUUUCUAAAUUUGGCUACCCAAGAAUAAUUGUAAGUGACAACGGUCCUCAACUGACUUCGUAUGAAUUCCAAAAUUUCUGCAAAGAACUGAACAUAAAACAUGCACGUAUCACCCCAUAUCACCCAAAAAGCAAUGGAUUGGCGGAGCGUUGUGUACGAACGUUCAAAGAACGUAUGGGAAUUUCAAAAGGAAGUACUGGCACCUUACAAGAAAAACUAAAUAAAUUUUUAUUCGCUCAUAGAACAUCCCCAAAGAGAGCAACGGGAAAAACACCUGCUUUUAUGAUGUUCGGUCGCGAGUUACGCUGCAAAAUAGAUCUAUUACUACCAGAUGUUAACGACAGAGUAGACGAAGAGUUAGUUAGACAAGGGAACAGCAAGCCGAGAGUCAACGCAAAGGUGUUCGGAGAGGGCGAUGGCGUAUGGGUACUAGACAGAUCAGGCAAAGGCUACAAAAAAGGAAAAAUCGUUAAAGUAAAUGGACCAUACUCAUACCUAGUGAAUGUUGAGGAAACGAUGAGAAGAUGCCACGCAGAUCAACUGCGAUAUGCAGAUUGA